CAAUUGCUUGACAUUCUGAAUAAAUCCUCAAAAAGUAUAUAAAGUUAUUUUAAAUGAAUUAAAAGAAUAAUAGAAUAUAAUGUUAAGUUAGGUUUGUUCAUUUUUGCCUUCUGCAUCAACGCUUCACUCUCCAUCCCAGUAGGUGGUGGAAAUGCAUCACAAGUUGUCCAUAAAGCCCCCAAAAAAGAAAGAAAGAGGAAUCUGGACCUGGUUUUCUACUGAACUCACAAGUUCAUUACCUCACUAUCACUUUGUCUAAACAGGAACGAUGAUCACACUCUUUGUCGCGCUUUACUCUCUUUUUUCUCUCUGCACAGCUGUAAAAACUUCUGACAUCAAGGAGCUUCAUGUGAAAACAGUAAAGCGUGGAGAAGAUGUAACUAUGGAGUGUAACAUGAGCAAGGACAAAAACAAAAAUAAUUUAGCUUGGUACAGACAGAGUUUUGGAAAAGUGCCUCAGUAUUUUGUAAGACGUUACGGGACUAAUAGCUACAGAUUUGAUGAUGAAUUUAAAGAUAGCCGCUUCAGUAUGACUGUAAAUGACCAGAAGUUUGAUCUCAACAUUAUCGGAACGAGAGAAGAUGAUGGAGGAGAAUAUUUCUGUGGAGAAGUGGAGGGAGCUACAAUAAAGUUCACAUCUGGAACACGUCUGCAAUUUGAAGGUGAAGAGAUGAAACACUCUCCUACACCUGGAACGGUUAACAUCAACACAGAUUCUGUUACACGCCAGGAUUCAAACUGCAGCCAUGGAAAAGGAGACAACUUUUGGAUUAUUGUCCUAAUGACCUCCAUUAUAAUAUCUCUUAUUGUAAUCGUGUUUCUGCUUGGAGUUUUAUAUAAAAAUCAGAGAAAAGGUGCUUCAUCAGGAAACCAUCAAACUCCCACCAAUCAGACUGAUGCUGGCUUGAUGUCUGGAACCGUUCUGCCUUGAGUUUUGCUAAGAAACCUUCAUCCACCUGAACAUCCAGAGAGAAGAUCCAUGAAGAUGUUUAUGCACAAGUUAAAAUAAAACGUCUAAUUAUUUACUCAGACACACUCACUUGUAGAAAAAUGUGUCAUAUUUUAAUCAGAUAAAAGCUUUUUUAUUGCUGUAAGUUUUAUCUUCUUUUUCACCUUCUUAAUGUACUAAUUUGCCUUACUUGAUGGAUUUUCUGCUUCACAAUUUACUUAAACAUUUGUUUUUGUGGACCGCUGUUCAUGAAUAUUAUAAUUACUUUAUAUUAGCUAAAACAUUUUUAUCUCCAGUACAUCUGUAAAUGUAAUACAUGUUCCACUUUUUUCAGAAAUACUAAGUGUCUUUAAGUGCAAGAGGGUUGAGUAUAAAGACAAGUGUUUACUGCAUUACUGAUGAGAUUCCACUGUUUAACCUGAAAUUAAUGUCCAGACAUGAAAUAUUAAAUCAGAUUAAAAAUGCAUAUUGAUGACUGA